AUGAUCGAAUUUUUGAACAUGGGUGCGGCUAAUGUCGUAAUACAUCUAAUCGGACUAAAUAAGGCGAUACUUCUAGUCAUAGGGCUCGUCAAUUUGAUAAAAGCCGAUGAUGGUAAAUAUCGACCCGAGGUAAAUGGUGACAGAAGCGGUAAAUACGUCGCUUCAAAUGACGGAAGAUACUACGAUUAUAACAGAUAUAAGAAUUAUUUAGGACAAAACAGAUUUUACUAUCAAAAUGCUUUCCAACCUCAAUAUUAUCAACCAUACCAACAACUUGCUACGCCGUUCGCCACAUUAAAGAAAGACGCAAGCGCGGCUGUCCCCGUUGUCAGUAGCCCUCAACCCGUCGUAGUAACGACAGUACGUCCCGUCUUGUCCACCGCAGCACCGAUUCAUAUAUAUCCAAAAAGUUUUGGAAACGAAGGUUAUGCUAGAAUCUUAGACCAAGACAGCGACUCUGACGAACACAGCUACCAGUACAAAUACAGGACUGAAAAUGGUAUAAAUGCUGGAGAAACUGGAGAAAUAAGCCCAUCUGGAGGUACCAGAGUCAGAGGUUUUUACGAGUAUGUUGGAAACGAUGGUCUUACUUACCGAGUAGACUAUACUGCUGAUGAAAAUGGCUUCCGUCCCUCAGGUGCUCACCUUGUUUGA